UGCUGUGUGUGUAAGCUCGCAGGGGAUUACACAACGCAGGCGACAGGCGACAGGGUGGCAGGGGUUGCGGCUAGAUCAGUGAGAGAGACACGCAGAGAUAUAGGAAGGCACACACGGAAAGUCAGGCAUAAAAGGAGGGCUAAGCGAGAGGUACCUACAUCCGUCGUCGGAUCGUGGUCUCGCAGACACCUCCCCCUACUGCUGCUUGCUCGUGUCGAAGCUGCUGCUGUGUCCAGGUCGUCUCACUAGUAAGCUCCCCCGCUGGAUGCCCUCGCCAUGAACGGGUUGCGCGAUACGGUCUCCCCAGGGCCGUACUUCCCCUUCCACCGAGACGAGACCUACCCCAGGACUCUCUGCGUGAACUUCAAGAGGCUAGAGUAUCGUACCCUCCAGAAGUACUGCAAGCUUCACGGCAUCAACGUCCGCCCCGACUGCUCACAGGCCGAGCUGGCCGUCGCUGCCGCCAGACAUUUUCAGGAGGCACCUUCGGUGGACGAAGAGAAUGUGAUGGUGUCGUUCCUACAGAAGGUCAUCGUUCCCGACCGGCCUUUCGAGCCCACCAUCGACCUCGCCCUCGCCCGCAUGGGAAGCCUUAGCGUCGACACGGCGGACCUCGGAGGUGGUGGAGGCAGCGGCGGCGGAGGGCGGAGCUCGAUGCCCAACGCCAUGAUGCACGACCACAUGGACGACGGCAUGAAUGACGACAUGGUGGACAGCAUGGGAGGGGAGAUGGGGGUCGGCGGAGGGGGCCGGGGAGGUGUGCACGGCGGCAAUGCCGGUGGUGGCCAUCAUGGCGGCGGCUACGGCCGUCGCGGUGGUGGACACUCUUCUGCAAUGGGUGGAGGGAUGGGGUACGACGAGAAGCCGCGGGCAGAGGGCUACUCGUCCAGGGGAAUGGGGGGGG